AUGCUACGACUCACGUACGCGCUGCUGCUCUUUGUAGCGCUCGUUGUCGCGGGACCUACGAUAAGAAAAGACGAAGCGGCUAAUGGCAUCACGCCAGCGGUAGAAGCAGAAGUAAAACCCGCAGUAAACGAUGAGCCAUCCACCGUCGCGAGUGUCACAAAGCCUCCAGCAAGUAGUCCUUCGUCAACGACGACUGCUGCGUCCUCUGUGACAGCGACAUCGACAACGGAGAAAAUUCCACCCCCAACGACGGCAGCAGCUCCAGCUCCUGUAGUUGCGGGAAAUGAUCCUCCCGCUCCACCACCACCAAUGCUACCCCGCAAGAAGAUCACGUUUGAUCAACGUCAAGAGGGCAAGUACAACAUCCGAGCCGAUCUGGAGAACUUCGUGAUCAUGUUCGUCCCGUCCGACUCGUCAUCUGGGGCGUCCCUGCUUGAGCUGCUGAUGCGCUCUGCGGACAAAAAGGACGCACACCUCAGUCGCAAGCAGUCUCAGUACCGACGCAAGAACUACAAGGCCCACGGUGGGCUCAAAAAGUCAGCCCAGGUGACACCGGAAGUGAUCGUCCUGGACGAAAGCAACCAACGAUCGAGCCCACUCGCGGCGGAAGAAUUCAUCGAAGGCCGCACGCCGUACAAAGUGGACCUCUCGAGCAACGCACGCAGCGUGGAACCAUCACCGGGCCGGCUGAUCCGUUUUCCGGCCGCGUCAGGUAACUAUGCCACUCCGCAAACUGGCCGGGUCUUCGCGACCGAUGCCGGUGCCCAAGGGCGAGCCCUGCGAGUCGGCGGUUAUGCUAGCACUAACACCCUGGUAGAUGCCGCUGGUAGUAUUAGCGCCACUAACAACCACAUCCUUCCUGGUGAUGGGGGCCACCAACUGCUGCUGCCAGUACUGGGACAUCCUUUCCCGCUAUUGCUUCGCCCGAGCGACGACGAUGCCGAUGAUGGCGCCAGCGCAGGACGCACCGAUGGCGGUGACAACGAGCUGGUCGUCGGUGGUUCUGCUACCGCCCACCGACCCCUCCUGGUCGACCAUUCUCACCAUCCUUCCUCCUUCGACAGCCUAGAGUACGCGCCGUUGCGUUCUGACGUCGACAUGACACAGCUUCAGCUCGAGCAGGACGACGAAGGAUACGAGGAUACCCGGUUCGAUGACUUGCAGGAGGACGAAGACCUGGCUGGUUGGGAGGAGUUGCGGCUUCUCGGGGCACAGGAGCAGUGCGGUCCGGAUCGAAAGCGGGACAGCUACGGCGUGUGUCAGUUCGUCGAGCCGUAA